AUGGACGGACAACGACAGCAAUACAUCCCAGGCCCCCCGCCCACUUCUCAGCAUACCAUCAACCUGCCUCCACCUCCCCCACGACACCCUCAGCCUCAGCUUCAAAGCACCGUGCCACCCCCGCCUCCCGGUCCGCCUCCGUCGGCUUAUGGAGCUCCUGCUGGAUGGCAGCAACAAAGCUGGGGCCGGCAGGCUCUGGCCGGCUUUCCGCCGCCGCCUCCGCCGCCGCUUCCUCAAAAUCCACAGCAUAUCGCAUAUCGCGCUCCUGGCCCGCCGGGCUCUCUUUCCAUCGUCACCCCGCAUGACACUCAACCUCUCACUUCAGCAACUUAUAUCCCGGGACAUGACACCAUUGGUGUCGGAAUUCCACCGUUGUUUGAACAACAUGGCCAACCAUAUGACCCCUACGCGCAACGAGCGGUGGGCGGUCAAGUAGGCGGCCAAGCAUAUCAACCUGGUGUUGAAUCGUACGCUCCACCAACGCCGGGGGUCCGAAGUGCUAUUCCAUUUGGUCUCCAUGAUCAGGUUCACGAACUAAACGUGUCGAUUCCAAGUGCGAAUCCGAACUCAAAUCCAGCCCCGAAUCAGCUGCCGCAACUCACAAAUCAAGGCAUGGACAUCCCAAGAUCGCCGAGUCAUCGUCAUAAUGCUAGCGGUGCAUCCUUGGGUGGGCUCUCCCCGAGCGAGGCUGCGGUUCAAUGGCCAUUGGAUCGCGUUCUUCUGUGGCUUGCCAAAAACGGAUUCUCUGAAGACUGGCAGGAGACUUUCAAGUCCUUGGAGCUUCAAGGAGCCGAUUUUCUGGAACUCGGCCUCGCUUCUGGCGGACGCGGCAACCUGGGCAAGAUUCAUAAAGUUGUUUAUCCUCAGUUAGCAAAAGAGUGUGCUCGGAGUGGUACUGGAUGGGACUCUACUCGUGAGCGAGAAGAAGGGCUGCGCAUGCGCAAGUUGAUCCGCCAGAUUCAUGAUGGAGGAUCGGACUAUACCAUCACAACUCCAAUGCGAACCGAGGCACCAUUGAUCCCGAGUGCUUCGGAGAGUGGAACUGGGUUUUUCUCAGGCCAGAUCGCCGAACCCCGCUCAGCUGGUCCUAUACCUGGCGUCAACGACAUUACCCCAGACCAACUGGCUAGUGUCCAAAACCCUCAAUCGGCCCAGGCGCAGAAGAAUUCCCAAAUGCGCUCUGUUACCUUGCCAAUCCCUACAGGUCAUGAGUCGCCGAUGUAUGAGUCGCCUUCCCGUGAUUCCCCGUGGAUGCGGUCUGAAUACUCCCGAAGCACCUUGGCAACAAUCAAUGAUCACCGACGGCAAAGCCCGUCUAUUUCCAGCGAUAACGGCGCUUUGCCUGCUUCGCUCCGGCCCGCAGAAAGUCCAAAGAGUGGUAGUCCAGCGACACAACAUGUUUUGCCUGCAGGCUUAUCAUCUUCCUCCACCGGAGACCUGUCAUUAAAGUACGAUCACUCUCGCGGCAAUAGUACCGACUCAAUCCCCGGUGUCGGCAGAGGCUCUGCCACUGCUGGACGAUACUAUGAUUCCCGCAGGUAUGGGCAGGAUGGUGCUCGUCCGUCACCUCAGGAGACGCAUAGCCGACCGUGGAGUGGGGAAACUCUCACGUCAUAUUCAAAGGACCAUGGCAAAGGCAUUCUCAAUAUAUUCAGCCGAAAGAAGCAACAUAAAACGGACAACUCGAAUCAUCCAUCGCCGGACGUGGAGAAUUUCGAUUCCCCGCCGAGCCCAGAAUGCCGGACCAAUGGCUAUCUUCCAUAUCAAAAACCUGGAUUCAAUACAAGUGACAUGUCUUUAGGUGACCGCCCAUCUUCGGCAACAAUGGCGAAGACGAAAAAAUGGAUCUUUGCCACCUUGGAUGGAAUCAACUACCGUUUGAUUGAUGUAUCAGAUAUGGACUCUGUGGAAACUCUACGGACUGGUAUUUGCCAAAAGAUGAAUAUUCAAGACUGGACCAGUGCUCAGUUUUUUCUCACGCAGCCUGGACAGACUGAACAUGAUGAGCCACUGACCGACACUAAUUUGACACUUGUUCGCCGAACCAAGUGCGAUGCUUAUGGAUCCCUAAAAGUCUUUAUUAGGGGACAGUUCUCCCAUCCGACGCCUCAAAUUCCCAACUUUGAAGGUCUGGGAGUGUCCAUACCUGGACUUGCUGACAAGGCAAACUCGUCACCCACCGCAUCUCAUGGUCAUAUCCCUCGGAAGCCUUUGGACGAAGAUGCUCUAAACAGGAUAUCUCCACAGACUCAAACUAAGCCCGGAUCUCCUCUGCUAGGUUCUCGCCAGCCAACCCCGAAGACAAACAACAAGACACUCCCAGAUGGUUCCCAAGAUGUCAAUCUAGCCAUGGACCUUGACAAGGCAGAUCUCAUCGCGCGCCACGAAGCACAUCUACGUGAAGUUGAGCGGAAGCAGAAGGAACAUCGCAUCUCCAAGUUCCCUCCGUCAACCACCCAGUCCAGGAAAGAUACUUAUGGCGAGACUGGGUAUAGACGUGAAGGUGUGAUAGAUUUCGAUUCGCCUCGUAUCUCACCUUAUGAAGAGAAGAAAUCAGAUACAUUGGUUCCGCUUCGGAAGCCUCCAGCGGCACCAAAUGAAUCCAACACGCUCACUAAAGUCAAUUCUCUUCGAAAGGCUCCUGGUGAGCGAGUUCGUCCACAGCCUGUAUCUUCUAGUCAAACUCCUGGCCUGGGUUCUGUUUUGGCCAGCAUGGGUCGCAUGACCAGCGCUAUUGGCACCCCAUCCCCCUCGGUCCCCGUGCCUUCCACGCCCUCAUCAACCAAUCAGGAAAGUAUUUCGUCGGAUUCUGAUCGGCCAGGUACUCUAAACUCCGAAAUGACGUCUUCAAGCAGAACUACCUUGGAAACAUUGAAUGCUGCUUCUGCUGCUUCAAACCGUGUCUCAACGCAGAGUGACAAAUCUCUGACUUCUUUUGCCCCUCGGUCUCCAGCGAAUACUGCUUCUCCCAACAGUGCGACCUGGCAGAAACCGGCUUUGCAAUCUCGCAAAUCAUAUGGCCCCGAAUUUGACUUCCCAGAGACCGAAGUAUCUUUUGUACGAAGUCCGAAUCUCGCUGAGCAGUCUGAUGACGACUCCUCUGAUGACGGAUUGUUCCAAAUUCGGCCGGCAAGAAACGAACCCCCGAAAGCAGAUCCUGAGCCUGAAAGGAAGAGGAAGCCUUCUCUUACGGUGGACACGGAUAACAAGCCCCGUCGUUCUGUAAGCUUUAUUUCACCCAGUACCGCCUCGGGAGAGAGUUUCGGGGGUCCGACAUCGCACGGUUCUGGUGGAGAUCCUUCUGAAAAGCAGGAUAAUUUCCCCGGUGCCUCUUAUGAAGCAAAAUCACCCGGUGACGAGAAGCUGUCACGGAGAGAUUCUUUUGCCAAUGCAGAUGUUUGGGCUAGCAGACCUGCUGUGGAGGGUGUUAUCGACAAUCUAGACAGCUUCUUCCCUAAUGUCGAUCUCGAUGCCCCUUACCUAGAAGAGCCACCUUCACCCAAAAGCAAGAACGAUGCUGAGAGUGAGGCAACCCUCAGGGGCAAGCAACCGGCUCCACCCCCGACACCUCAAUCCAGUGUCGAUCCAGACAGCGUCUACGGGGCGGAUAUAUCAACAGUUCGACCACCUCCCAUGCCGCAAGGAGGCUCAGUCGUUGCCAAGCGCAACUUGGAUCGUGGUGGCGGCCUCUCACGAGUGAAGUCCAUUCGUGAGGUUGCCAGAGGCGCGGCCCACCGGACGAAGAGCGUUGGUCCUUCUACCGGCGCUGGUCCUCAGAGAUCGGGUGUUCUUCUGCGCCGCAAGAGCACCAAGAUGUUCGGUGCCAAGAUUAUGCAGAUCAGUCCCAAACCAGGUACCAGACUCAGUCAGCUCGACCCAAUCCCCCAAAACGCCCCUCCGUCUCCCGGACCAAGUGAACCUGUCCCACAGCGCCAACCAACCUUCCGCAUUAUCCGUGGUCAACUCAUUGGAAAGGGAACCUACGGUCGUGUCUACCUGGGCAUUAACGCAGACAACGGUGAAGUCUUGGCGGUAAAGCAGGUCGAGAUUAACGCCAGGAUUGCUGGCUCAGAUCGUGAUCGUAUCAAAGAAAUGGUCGGUGCUUUAGAUCAGGAGAUUGACACGAUGCAACAUCUUGAGCAUCCUAAUAUUGUGCAAUACCUUGGUUGUGAGAGAGGCGAUUUAUCGAUUUCCAUAUACCUUGAGUAUAUCUCUGGUGGUUCCAUUGGAAGCUGUCUCCGCAAACAUGGUAAAUUUGAAGAAAGUGUCGUGAAGUCUCUCACCCGACAGACGCUUGAUGGCUUGGCCUAUCUACAUGAUAUGGGUAUUCUGCAUCGUGAUCUUAAGGCAGACAACAUUCUGUUAGAUCUGGACGGUACUUGCAAAAUCUCCGAUUUCGGUAUUUCCAAGAAAACAGACAACAUCUACGGCAACGAUGUGACCAACUCUAUGCAAGGCUCGGUCUUUUGGAUGGCGCCGGAGGUCAUUCAAUCCCAAGGCCAGGGCUACAGUGCCAAGGUCGAUAUUUGGUCGCUUGGGUGCGUGGUGCUGGAGAUGUUUGCCGGUCGCCGGCCAUGGAGCAAAGAAGAAGCCAUCGGUGCAAUCUUCAAGCUCGGGAGUCUCAACCAGGCACCGCCUAUUCCCGACGAUGUUUCUAUGAACAUCAGUCCUGCAGCUCUUGCGUUCAUGUAUGACUGCUUCACAGUUGAUUCGGCCGAACGUCCGACUGCCGGUACACUGCUCACUCGCCACCCUUUCUGUGAACCAGACCCCACCUAUAAUUUCCUGGAUUCUGCACUAUACUCCAAGAUCCGCCACGUUCUCUGA